CCCCGCCGGGCCGCCCGGCCCCCGACGCCGCCGCCGCCGCCGCUCCGCGCUGAGGCCGUGUCGCUGCUGCUGCUGCUCCCGCUUCGCUCAUCUGCCCGGAGAGGAAAAGAAAAAAAAAAAAAGGACUUCGCCUGUGGGGCGCUUCGGCCUCCAGUUCAUUGAGAAAAAUUAAAAAGGGAACUAACACUCCGCGUGCGCUCCUAGAGAGAGAGGAAAAAAGAAAAAGCCAAGGUGGGGGUAGCCCCCCGAAAUCCCCGGAGUGUUGGUCAUCGCUGGGAACUUGACUCCGGAUUCUCGUCGCUUUCUUUUUUUUUUUUUCUUUUCUCUUUUUUUUUUCCCCCUUGGCCUCCCCGCGCCGAUCGCUCGGAAGUUGGACUUGGAGCGGCGUCGGAGCGGCACGGGGGGAAAGUUUGCAUCGGGGCUGGAUUUCUUGGCGCGGCGCAGGAAGGAGCCCCCGGGAGAGAGCGAGCGAGCGAGCGCGAGGGGUUGCUGCAGAGCCGCGAGCACGGAAUUCAGAUGUGUGCUAAGCCUGCUGGAGUGACCAUACUUCCAAGACCCGAUGGAGGCCAGAGCUCAGAGUGGCAGCGGGUCACAGCCCUUGCUGCAGGCGCCCCGUGACGGAGGCCGGCCGCGCGGGGAGCCCGAGCCCAGAGAUGCCCUCAGCCAGCAGGUCCACGUCCUGUCUCUGGAUCAGAUCCGAGCCAUCCGGAACACCAAUGAGUACACGGAAGGGCCUACCGUGGUGCCCAGACCCGGGCUCAAGCCUGCCCCUCGCCCCUCCACCCAGCACAAGCACGAGAGACUCCACGGGCUGCCCGAGCACCGCCAGCCCCCCAGGCUGCACUCUGCCGCCCGCGCCCCCCUGUCCAGGUCCAUCAGCACGGUCAGCUCGGGGUCCCGGAGCAGCACACGGACAAGUACCAGCAGCAGUUCCUCGGAACAGAGACUCCUAGGGUCCUCGUUCUCCGCCGUGCCUGCGGCCGAUGGAAUAAUCCGGGUGCAGCCCAAAUCCGAGCUCAAGCCAGGUGAACUGAAGCCGCUGAGCAAAGAAGAUUUGGGCCUGCACGCCUACAGGUGCGAGGACUGCGGCAAGUGCAAGUGUAAGGAGUGCACCUACCCCAGGCCUCUGCCCUCAGACUGGAUCUGCGACAAGCAGUGCCUUUGCUCAGCCCAGAACGUGAUUGACUAUGGGACUUGCGUGUGCUGUGUGAAAGGUCUCUUCUAUCACUGUUCUAAUGAUGAUGAGGACAACUGUGCCGACAACCCGUGUUCUUGCAGCCAGUCUCACUGGUGUACGCGUUGGUCGGCCAUGGGCGUCAUGUCCCUCUUUUUGCCUUGUUUAUGGUGUUACCUUCCAGCCAAGGGUUGCCUUAAAUUGUGCCAGGGGUGUUAUGACCGCGUUAACAGGCCUGGAUGCCGCUGUAAAAAUUCAAACACAGUUUGCUGCAAAGUUCCCACUGUCCCACCCAGGAACUUUGAAAAACCAACAUAGCAUCAUUAUUAAUCAGGAAUAUUACAGUAAUAAGGAUCGUUUUUUUUUUUUAACACAUAUGCAACCAACUAAACAGUUAUAAUCUUGGCACUGUUAAUAGAGGGUUGGGAUAUUCUUUGCUGUUUGCAGUGAAAUGCUUUUUUGUCCAUGUGCCAUUUUAACUGAUACGCUUAUUAGGACUCAGCUAAUGGAGCUCAGAAGUAUGGGAUACAGACCUUGGCGACCCAUAUGUUGCAUAAGCUAAAGCAACAGACACUCAUAGGCAGUUUUUUUUUUUUUUUGUGAAUAGUACUUGCAAAAUUUGUAAAUUAGCAAAUGACUUUUUUUCCAUUGUUUUCUCCAGAGAUAAUGUGCUAUAUUUUUGUAUAUACAAUAAUAUUUGCAACUGUGAAAAACAAGUUGUGCCAUGCUAUUUGGCACAGUCACAAAAUAUUAUACUAAUAUGUUGUACAUUCGGAAGAAUGUGAAUCAAUCAGUAUGUUUUUAGAUUGUAUUUUGCCUUACAGAAAGCCUUUAUUGUAAGACUCUGAUUUCCCUUUGGACUUCAUGUAUAUUGUACAGUUACAGUAAAAUUCAACCUUUAUUUUCUAAUUUUUUCAACAUAUUGUUUAGUGUAAAGAAUAUUUAUUUGAAGUUUUAUUAUUUUAUAAAAAAGAAUAUUUAUUUUAAGAGGCAUCUUACAAAUUUUGCCCCUUUUAUGAGGAUGUGAUAGUUGCUGCAAAUGAGGGGUUCCAGAUGCAUAUGUUCAAUAUAAAAUAGAAAAUAUAUUAACGUUUGAAAUUAAACUGAGCUGUUCUGUCUUAUUUUGCUUUUCCUUGUUUGAAGUGAAAGAGACCACAUUUCAUGUUAAGGCUAGCAUUUUGAUGACAUAGCUUCACUUAUCUUCAUGAGAUAACUCAUGGCUAAAGGAAAAAGAGGUUAGGAUGAUCUUUAGAGACAAUUCUUGUAAUAAGAAGAAAAACAGUUUGACUCUUCUAUUUUAUCAUACAGGAAUUUAUUUUGCUAUAUUUUUGCAUAUUUACUGACUUGGCCUUUGUUUCACAGGUUUGUUUGUUGACUUAAUUAUUUUAAUCUUGAAAUGAUUCAGUAGACAGCCCUGAAAGAAGAACAGUUAGACUUUCCCUCCCUAAUAUUCAGUAAUAAGAAUGAGUGCUGGGUGGCUUAUUAAUACCGGAGAAAUGAGGUUAGUUCAAGCAUGUAUUCAGUGUUCUGUUGUCAGACAGUAUAAAAUUCUGAUUGAGGAAAAAAUGUUUUCUUAAGAUGAUAAUGAUGUCUGUUUUCUGUCUAUUUGAUUUGGAUUCCUACGUUUAUCUCUUUGGUACUAGUUUCUGAUGGUUAAAAAAAAAAACAAGCAGGGAAAAGGCAACUUGUUUGGACUUCAGGUAAUGGGUGUUAAAAAUUCCUUUUUUCUCGGCUUAAUCUAGCCAGAGCAUGCCAAUUUGAAAGACCCUGCCUUAUUUAAUUGAAUUUUACCCUGGAAAAGAGAGCUGGUAUGGCAGAAAGACUACAGUUGUCUUUUGGGAGCAAACCUUAUAACAAAUAUUUAUUUUUCUUGUUUGUAUUAAGUCACUUGAUUAAUCACUUUGUGACUGAUUUUUUUUUCUUCCAAAAGCACAAUCUUUCCCUGCCAAGAAUCACCGGAAGUCUAAGAAAUGAUUUACCUGUCAUUAUUGUUUAAUCUCUUGUUUCCUGUUCUGAGUCUCCUCCUCUUAACUUAGGUUAAGAGGUCUUAGUACAGGUUGUCUUUUGUUUUUUUUUAAAUUUGGCUUUCAAGGAACUAUGUAGUCCUGAACUAUGACUGUUCUGAGGACCUUUGGUUUCCUCUAAACUUUUCUCCAAAAAAACAAUGCUGAGUCAAUUCAGAUAUUAUUUCUUCCAAUUUAGGAAUAUGAAGGCUGCGAUUCUAAUUCUUCUAUGUUUAAUUCUGAUGAUCUAAGGAAUUAAAAUGUUAAGUUAUGAUAGAAUCUAUGUAAAUUAAUGAGUUUGAGUAUAGAAAGAAUGUGAUAGUGUGUUGAAGUUACAAGAUUUGCUCUAAGUAGAUUGGAAGUCCUGUUGAAAAUCAGGUUUCUCAAGAAGCUUCUGACUAACCUAUAAAUUGUUUAUAAAACAAUAGAAGAUUCAUUUUCAGAAUAUGGAAGAUUAAAUGUUUAUAACGAAACAGAUGGAAAACAGCUGGUAUUCCUAAGUGUGUUAGUUUUUAAUGUUGCAAGUCCUCUUACUGAAAUGUGGAAGAAUAAAGAUAUUUCUACUUAUAGAAAA